AUUAUUUCUCUUGAAAACAUUGAAAUGAUAGUUCAGACGAUUUAACUAUUGGCGUGGUGCAGAGUAUUCUUUAAACAUAAGCAGGCACGCUUUUCGACAAAUAAGUAUACGUAAUUCAAAGUAGAAUAAUUUUUGGUCGUCAUUUGAUGUUCAAACUGAACAUUUACGCAACGAAUUCAUUUUGCUCAUAAUUAAAAAAAAAACAGUUGAUGUCAAAUGAGUGUUUUGAUAGCAACUAAUAAACACCUGAUCAUGCGUGAAAAAAAACUACGAAUCAAAGUCUACAGAAUGCGACUGAUAUAAUUAAACAUUAGAUGAGCAUUUCUCUGUGGCAAUACUGUUACGUCGAAAUUUCGAUGGAGACUGUUUCUCAGGUUGGUAUAAUGUCUACUAACAGAUGGCAGCAAUACGCAACAAUCGCUUGCAUGGUACUGAUUGUGAUACUGUGUAUAAUACUAUUCUUGAAAUUCAGUAAUAAUAUAAAAGUUGCCUUGGUCCUUACAGGAAUCAUAAUUGUACUAUUCUCUGCGAACAUCUUUAUUGUGUGCUGCGAAAAUCCCGGAUCAGAAUGUUUUACAUUAUUGGGAUUCAUUCUUCUGGAAGUCUUGCUAACAAUCAUCUUCUCCAUCUUGACUAGACGAUUCAAACGAGCAGUGAACAUAGUUAUGAUGUCUCUAUCGGCGGCUUUUCUGAUAACCGGAUUUGCUUUGUAUUUUGUAAAGCUUGGUGAUAACUUUUGGAUGCAAUUGGCUGGCUGCUUUUGGAACUCAGCUUUAGUCGUGGUGCUACUGGCUUUUGCCAGUUCACUGAAAUAAAUUCAACGCCGCCAGACUGUUUCUCAUCUUCCUACGACAUUUUCAUUGUAAUUUACGUUUUGAGCGAACAAGUAUUUUCUGUUGUCCAUCAACGGGUGACAGUUUCGGUUUCCAGUUUUUGAAAUGAAUAAAUGUUUCCGCAAUAAAAAUACAAUUUCAUUUGUGUACAGCGAUUCUGUCAGAUAGUGAAGAUUCUCGUUUUCACGAGGUUUGGCAUUUUCUCACUGAGAGAAUUUGAAUACCUGCUGAUUUAUCUCAGGGUUAUAAGUCAGUAUGCUUCGCUCAAAAAUCCAUCAUAUGUUUUCAUAAUUGAGUCAGAAAGACAACGAUGUUAAACUCACGUGAAGACUGAAUCAAGUAUAGGUGAGGCCAAUAAAGCUAUUUAAAUUAUUCUUAAAUGUGAGUGUUAGAGAGCUUUUGGAAUAGAAUCAAUACAUUUGGAAAUAAGGUGAGAUACUGAGUAACAUGAAUAAACCCUCUUCAUAUUUAGUAAAAGAAGUCUUUAAACGACAGCUUUCUAGUCAUUGUAUCUCCUUGUCAAGUGGUGUUUUUGCUACUUAGCUGCGAAAUCUUCCAUAAAAGUGCAAUUGCCUGUGUGACCUCCAUCAUAUGUGCCCUUGUCGUCUUCCAUCCUUUCCUAAAGUCUUCAUUGAUACAUAGUCAGUUAUUAAGGAGAUGAGGGAAAUAUAUGAAAUUGUUAACUUUUGACCCGCCGUUAUACGCGAUCUCUUUUUAUUCUAAUGCACUAACCAGAUUCAAGUAAAAUUGAUAAGUGACGAGCGUAAGUUACCUGAAUAUCUCGUUCCACGUAGAAGAAAUUCAACUUCCCCAAUGAUGUUGUACGUCUUUAAUGUUCCUUACAAAAUAUUCUUCCGUCAUGUUAAGACAUUAAGCUGAAAAUAUAAAAAAAGUCGGGUCGAGUAACCUUUACUCCUCGGCGAAGUAAUUAAACUUUAGAUUAUUUAUUUUGAAAUAGGCUAAAUUUACCAAAAAAUUUCUGCUCAAUAUAAAUCUAGAUAGCUCGGUAGCAUAACCAAGUAACCGAAAAGUACAUUUCUGAGAGAUUUAGUUAUAAAUGCAUCACUUGUCGUGUUUUUAUUUCGUAUUCCACACUGUUACGGAUGUUAUUCAUUCAUGUAUCACUGAAGGCGAUAAAUUUUCAUUCCAUGGAAAUCUCCGUACUUAUUCAAAUCCUGGAUAGAUCACCAUCGAGACAUUAGUGAGGUAUAGUUUCUCCGGCACAGAUAUAUAUAUAUAUAUACAUAU